UUCAUCAUUAGUUUCUGGAGUGCUAAAACAGACUGUCAUUAUUUUUUUACAGUCCUUUUAUUUUUUUAAUCACAAGUAUAAUUCAAAAUAAUGGCUCUAAAAUAUAUUUUGUCAACAUUUUUGUUUUGUUUUGCUCUCGCUUUGGCAACCGAACAUUCUUCAACCACUGAAAAUUUUCACUAUGAAUGUCAGAAGGACUCUGUAAAAGUGAGCUAUGACAGUAUGAAAGAAAAUGAAACAAUCGAGCUCAGCAUUAACGAUCCAGAUGUAAUAGAUCUUACUGUAUAUGAGAAGAUUGACCUGCCUGGUUACGUGCCCUCAGCGGAAGAUCCUUCCAUACCUCGAGGAGGACAACCCUUACCUACAGUAAAUAAUUGGGAAGCUCUGAAGUCGCAAUUAGAAGCUAUUGCAAAAAAACUACCCCCUAACGAUUGCAUUAAAUCAUUCGGUGUUGGCGAAAAACCAGAGUGGGAAAUUAAUUUUAAACAUUGUUUUAAAAAUAGUUUAAAAAAGUUUCCCGUUCAAGUUUCUUCACGCGUAUUACCAAGCCGCGUUACACACCAUCGUCUUCAUUAUGUCAAUUGCGAAAAUUAAAUGAUUAUAAAAAUGUAAGAGUUUCAAAGCGAAAA